AUGCUGACUUGGAUAUACAGCAACAACAAGUUGUUUUUCACAUUGAGAUGCAAAACCACUGGUUGGUGUGCAGUCGCCUUUACAACAGGGGAUGGUACCGGCAUGAAGGAUUACGAUAUUGCCUUGGGCGGGGUCGCUUCCAACGGCAACUAUCUUGACGUAAGUAAGAUGGAGUUUCAUUCCGUAUAAGGGACUACCCUGCUUUUGAACAUUUGACGUCCUCCAGAUGGGCUACUGCAUUGAAUAGCGUUUCCAAAUUUACAGUAAGACUCAAGAAAAUAUUACUAUUACUAGCGGCUUAUACAACACUGAGAUCACUAGAUAUAUGCAUACAUACUACAUACAUACUUCAUUAACGUGACUAACACUUAGCUAUGAAGCUAGUUUACAGGUCAGUCAUAAAGCUGGUUUACAGGUCAGUCGAUACAUAGCAACGAUAUAAACUGUUAACAUACUCUUGAGUCAACAAGGAGGUAGAUAUCGCUUAUAUUUGUGCCCACUGCAGCUAUGUAGCGGUAGUUAAGUGCGUCAGUUAGUCCGCAACGGAUACUCAAUGUUCAUAACAACAAAAUCUGUUCUUAUAAAAGAUCUACAAAACCUUUUAUGUCGUCAAAAAAAGAUUCUUUAACAAAACAAUUCAAAACGAAGUUUUUAAGACAAGAUCUCCGAAUAAGAAAAACCUGGUUAGAUUAGAAAAGCGAACGAUCCACUGAACGUGAAAAUGAGGACGUGAGUGAAUGGAUGUAAGGAGACUAAGGAGACUAUAGACAGUGUUCGUAUGUUGGCUGAAGGGAAAGACAUUAUCACCUUGAAAAUCGUGCGCAAAAGGCCAUUCAACCAGUCUAGUGAGGCAACAGGUCUCAGAAAUUUCGCACACAGCACGAAGUUGUAAUUUAAGAUUUAAUACGGCAAAAAGUGACGGUCUGUGUUAAAGAGGUAAAUAAGAGACUUUGUUUCUUUACCCGCAGGAUUACUGGAGCACCUCAACGACAAAACCAACAAAGGAUAGUGCAAAUAACUUUGUUCUUACAACGGCAACCGAGGCUGGUGGAUAUACAACGGUGCAGUUUGAGAGAGAUCCAGAGACAAGCGACACUGAUAACGAUGUUCAGUUUAAGGUAAGUUCUUCCUUUUUUAAAUUCCAUCUCCGGGUGGGACCGUGGACCCCACUCCCAUACGCCCCACCCAGAGAUGGAAAGGAGGGAGGAGUUCGGGUACAAAAGCGAGCCAUCCCUGCGGAGGGUGGUGCGACAACCUGUUGUCAGGUGUUCGUGUCAACGAAAAGAGGAAAAAACAGGACAAAAAAGUCCUUUUACACUAAAUUCGUAAAAAUUGUGUACAGCCGGUUUCCUUGUGGAUCCACAGAUGCUCGGAAUUAAAUACAUAGAUCCAAAAGGCAAAGGGGCGUUGUUUGUGAAGGCCCCGAGUGAGAAUAGGCAUCCAAGUUUAAUUUAGUCCUCGACUAUGUGGAGAAAAGUCUUCCCUGGACAGAGGGUCACUUCCCCGCCGAGUCAUCUUUAGCGCGGAGCGUUUAUGUUAACAAACCAAGAGCUGACAACAGCGCAAGUGCAUGCUCGCCUUGACUGACUUGACCCAGCUUGACGAGCCAACUUGAUUAUAUGGAGAAAAGUUGACCUGACCAAGGAAAUAUGUAACCUGGAUAGGCGUGUCAUCCUACAAGCCGAGCCAACUCUUUGAUUCUCGAUAACAGUUCACCAAGUUUUUUAAGGUGUAGGAGAAUUUGGCUAACCCAGGAUACUAGCUCGGGUAGGCUAGUGACCCUUCUAUCUCGAACAAGUCUUCUCCAUACAUACAUAAAUACACGUUUUAUUUGGAGUCUUAGCCGGGGGGGGGUGGGUAUGUGCCGCUGGCCUCUCAGUCCUCUCAUAGCCCCCACCCCAUUAUAGUCUAUUCUGUGACCAAUUAUAGACCCCAUCUUAGUCACUUUUAGGCAAAUAUGUAAUUUUCGCGAUCCUAACUUAGUCACUUUCUAUUUUUAUGAACUGACCCGUUUUUUAAACUGAAUGGAGAACACUUUACUUUUCACCUACAGUACAAACAUUCUGGUACGUUUGCUAACUGUAAAUAUGAAGAACUGUCUUACCCCAAAAAAUCCGAAAAUGUGCGACCCCAUUCUAGCAACUCUAUUGAAAAUGCGACCCCAUCCAGCGGCACAUCCCCAUUAGCCUCUUAUAAGGAGGAACCUUCCCCCGCGGGGGCCUUAGGAACUUGCUGCUGUUCCAGAAACUUGAAAAUAGCAUAAAAUUCUUUGCAUAUUUUUCAUGUAGCCUGGUACUGAAGUCAUGAUUGCGUGGGCCAUGCACAGCUCUAUGGAUGGAAAAGACGAUAUUUCUAGGCACACCGACAGAGAAUUACUACCAACCAAAUACAUACUGGUCCCAGGUGCAGCAAAUAUGCUGGAGUCAGGUGUCAUGCUCUCUGCGAUCCUGGCCGCCAUUGUUGUCUGUUUGGUGUCCUAAUGAGAGACAUUUACUUAACACCACGUUGAAUAAGACUAUCAUGGAACUUUUAAAACAUUUCUAAAUCACUAUGUCUUCGUAAUGCCGGCGGUUCAGCCUAAAACAAAAAGUGUUUUUUGUUAAAAGCACUUUAAUUUUCUAACGCUAUCUGAAAUUAGGGGCAAAUUGGUUUCAUUUAAGUCCAUUUAAGUGGUGAUAUGGACUCACGGACUGAAUAAUUUUAAUUCUCAACGUCGUAGUCGUUAGUGGGAGCAUCACGAUUCUGAUUCACAGCCUACUGUAGAUAGUUCAUAAUCAGGACGGAAAUUAGUACAUUCCGUCGCGCAUGAUAAAUGACCAUUUACUGGUGUAGGGUUGAAAUAGUUAUUUAUCCUGGUCGAAAUUUUUUUCCGUCAUGAGCUGCGGCUACAAUUUAAAUUCAAAAGAUUUGUUUUUAACCCCAAAAUUCGGGCCCAUUUUGGCAGUUAAAUACUGACAAUAACUUUUUUGAGGACUUUUUUGGCUAUCUAGAACUCAGCGAAAAUUGCUUUUUCUUCAGGAAUAACACCUACCACCAGUACCAUGAUGGUGCCCUCUUCCUCAAUUGGUUUAACGCCUCAAUCAACAGGUAAUGUAGACUAGCCAAUAAUCAUUUCUGUUAAUUUAAUUGUAAGAACAAGUUAUAGCUAAUCGAGAUUUACCUUAUUCUUCCAAUAUUAUAAAAAGCGAAUUGUUGACAUUGUUAACUCGGCAUAUUGUCAGUGAACUUUAAAAAAAAUCACUUUGUCUAUAGUCAGAGCCGCGGAAAAUGAAAAACUUAAAAUGAAUAUUAUAAUGAAAGAGCUACUCGUCUAAGCCUUAUCUAUUGGAUUCUUAGGGCCAACCCCAAAUAAUUACACUGACCCCCUCCACACCCACCCCCCCUCCCCCACCGAGGGCUCCCAAGCAGGAUGCGCAUAUUGUGACCGGUGAGUGAGCCACAAUAGGACAAUUGCACGACGACGUCAUUUUUACAACAACUACCAGAAUCCUUGAGUUUGUUGUUUUCUUGUCCAAAUUAAGGCUAUUGUUCUUUUAUCCUCAAGGGAAUUGACAAAUUUAAAUAACAAAGCAAAAACGAAAUGAAUUCUGGUAGUUGUAGUCAAAUAUCGUCAUCGUGCAGUUGUCCUAUUACUGACUAUUAUUCCACACCGGAUACAUGUACAUAAGAAUUUUGUUAGAUCAUGUUAUCUCUACACAACCAAUUUCAGUCAGGGUUUUAGCUGCGGAAGCCGGAGCUUAACAAUUAUAAACGUCUUAUAGGAUAAUUUGUACCUUAACGCAUUUAAGUAAACAGCAAUAUUGUUCUAAAUUUUUUAAUGUUAACUUAACUAAUAUGAAAUUACAUUGGAGGGAAUAAACAAUGUACUUGCCUGUAAAUUGAAGAACACAAAACCUAUUACUUUUAUUAAAGACCCUAAUGACAAUGAUUCUGUCACCAGUGACCCAAGUAAAAUAAGCAACGUUCUUAAUGACCAUUUCGCUUCUGUUGGACCUAAACUGGCAAAUAAGUUACAAACCGUUUAGCGCAAUUAUUUUGAUUUUAUGAACGGAUCUAACUCUCGUGACCCGUCGUUUGCUUUCAACCUACAACACUCGUCACAAAUCGUUGAAACAGGGGCCAUUUGUCUUGAAUUUUCUCCAAAUUUCUUACAUUCACUCUUCACACCUUUGUUCUCACUCAAAUGUGCCCCUCUCCUUCCCCAAUGUUGAGCCGAGCGUAUUUUGGACCACUGAAAUGACUGCAAACCCAAGUCAACAUUGGGGAGGGGAAAAUCACACAAGUGUUUCAAGAUUUGUGACGAGGAUUGUAGUUACCCCAAACUGUUAACUGCUGUCAUUUAUUAUUAGUAAUACCGUUAGCUUAUCAGUAGUCUCUAGUUAUUGUUGCCAAUUUUAGUUUCUUUAGUUCUCUUGUUACUUUUAGUUGUAUUUAGUUGUAUUUAUUUCCUGUAAACAUGACCCGCCUGAAUUAGCUUAGCUACCCGAGGGCAUGUUAUAAUUGUACUUUUACCUCAAAACACAAUAAAAAAUGCAUGUAUGUAUAAGAUCGUGUAAGUCACACGAAUAGUACAAUAUUUUAGCGUUUCGGUAAGAAACCUUUUUUAACAUGAUCUUUUUAAUCCUUAUCUCUUUGUUAAGCAGCCACGACCGUUAGUUUCGGUGAUAAAUUUAUGCUGACUUGGAUAUACAGCAACAACAAGUUGUCUUUCACAUUGAGAUGUAAAACCACUGGUUGGUGUGCAGUCGCCUUUACAACAGGGGAUGGUAGCGGCAUGCAGGAUUACGAUAUUGCCUUGGGCGGGGUCGCUUCCGGCGACAACUAUCUUGAUGUAAGUAAUAUGGAGUUUCAUUCAGUAUAAAGAACUACCCUGCUUUAGAACAUUUGACGUACUCCAGAUGGGCUAGUGUAUUGAAUAGCGUUUCCAAAUUUACAGUAAGACCCAAGGAAAUAUUACUAUUACUAGUGGCUUAUACAUCCUCAUCAAUUUUGAGUGAUUCCUCCUGGUAACACUGAGAUCACUAGAUAUAUUCAUACAUACUACAUACAUACUUUAUUAAGGUGACUAACACUUAGCUAUGAAGCUGUUUUACAGGUCAGUCGAUACAUAGCAACGAUAUAAACUGUUAACAUACUCUUGAGUCAACAAGGAGGUAGAUAUCGCUUAUAUUUGUGCCCACUGCAGCUAUGUAGCGGUAGUUAAGUGCGUCAGUUAGUCCGCAACGGAUACUCAAUGUUCAUAACAACAAAAUCUGUUCUUAUAAAAGAUCUACAAAACCUUUUAUGUCGUCAAAAAAAGAUUCUUUAAAAAAACAAUUCAAAACGCAGUUUUUAAGACAAGAUCUCCAAAUAAGAAAAACCUGGUUAGAUUAGAAAAGCGAACGAUCCACUGAACGUGAAAAUGAGGACGUGAGUGAAUGGAUGUAAUGAGACUAAGGAGACUAUAGACAGUGUUCGUAUGUUGGCUGAAGAGAAAGACAUUAUGACCUUGAAAAUCGUGCGCAAAAGGCCAUUCAAGCAGUCUAAUGAGGCAGCAGGUCUCAGAAAUUUCGCGCUCAGCACGAAGUUGUAAUUUAAGAUUUAAUACCUUAAAAAGUGACGGUCUGUGUUAAAGAGGUAAAUAAGAGACUUUGUUUCUUUACCCGUAGGAUUACUGGAGCACCUCAACGAAAAAACCAUCAAAGGAUAGUGCAAAUGACUUUGUUAUUAGAACGGCAACCGAGGCUGGUGGAUAUACAACGGUGGAGUUUGAGAGAGAUCCAGAGACAAGCGACACUGAUAACGAUGUUCAGUUUAAGGUAAGUUCUUCCUUUUUUAAAAUUCCAUCUCCGGGUGGGACCGUGGACCCCACUCCCAUACGCCCCACCCGGAGAUGGAAAGGAGCGGGAGUUCGGGUACAAAAGCGAGCCAUCCCUGCGGGGAGGAAGUGCGACAACCUGUUGUCAGGUGUCCGUCUCAACGAAGAGAAGGGAAAACAGGAUAAAAUACGUCUAUUUACACUAAAUUCGUAAAUAUUGUGUACAGCCGGUUUUCCUGUGGAUCCACAGAUGGCGGAAUUAAAUACACAGGUCCAAGAGGCAAAGGGGCGUUUGUUUGUGACAGGCCCAAGUGAGAAUAGGCAUCCAAGUUUAAUUUAGUCCUCGACUAUAUGGAGAAAAGUCUUCCCUGGACAGAGGGUCACCUUCCUAGCCGAGUCAUCCUUAGCCCGGAGCGUUUAUAUGAACAAACCAAGAGCUGACAACAGCGCAAGUGCAUGCCUGCCUUGACUGAAUUGACCCGGCUUGACGAGCCAACUUGAUUACAUGGAGAAACGUUGACCUGACCAGCGAAAUAUGUAACCUGGAUAGGCGUGUCAUCCUGCAAGCCGAGCCAACUGUUUGAUUCUCGUAAACAGUUCACCAAGUUUUUUAAGGGAAUGUAGGAAGAUUUGGCUAACCCUGGAUACUAGCUCGGGUAGGCAAGUGACCCUUCUAUCUCGGACAAGUCUUCUCCAUACAUACAUAAAUACAUGUUUUAUUUGGAGUCUUAGCCGGGGGGGGGGGUGUCCUUGGGUUAAUUUUUCCUGGGUAUGUGCCGCUGGCCUCUGAUAGCCCCUACUCCAUUACAGUCUAUUUUGGGGCCAAUUACAGACCCCAUCUUAGUCACUUUUGGGCAAAUAUGUAAUUUUCGCGAUCCUAACUUAGCCACUUUCUAUUUUUAUGAAUUGACCCAUUAUUUAAACCGAAUGAAGAACGCUUUACUUUUCACCUACAGCGCAAACAUUCUGGUAAGUUUGCUAACCGCAAAUUUGAAGAACUGUCUUACACCAAAAAAUCCGAAAAUGUGAGACCCCAUUCUAGUAACUCAAUUGAAAAUGCUACCCCAUCCAGCGGUACAUCCCCAUUAGCCUCUUAUAAGGAGGAACCCUCCCUCGCGGGGGCCUUAGGAACUUGCUGCUGUUUCACAAGGUUGAAAAUAGCAUGAAAUUCUUUACAUAUAUUUUUAUGUAGCCUGGUACUGAAGUCAUGAUUGCGUGGGCCAUGCACAGCUCUAUGGAUGGAAAUGAAGAUAUUUCCAAGCACACCGACAGAGAAGUACUACCAACCAAGUACAUACUGGUCCCAGGAGCAGCAAAUAUGCUGGAGUCACGUGCCAUGCUCUCUGCGAUCCUGGCCGCCAUUGUUGUCUGUUUGGUGUCCUAAUGAGAGACAUUUACUUAACACCACGUUGAAUUAGACUAUCAUGGCACUUUUAAAACAUUUCUAAAUUACUAUGACUUCGUAAUGCCGACGGUUCAUCCUAAAACAAAAAGUGCUUUUUGUUAGAAGCACUUUAAUUUUCCAACGCUAUCUAAAAUUAGGGGUAAACAAGAGACUAUAAAGGGGACAGAGAAGGCAUCCCCCAUAUACACCAUAUUCCAUAGGUAAUUCGUCUCGAGUUAUUUUUAGAAUCGGGAUAAAGUUACCUCGCGCGAGGCGUGGAUGUUUCGUGGAGGUUUCGCAUGACCAAACGCCGUGCAAAACAUGUCGGGCGAGAGGCAAUGAAAGCGUAAAAAGAUCGAGAGCAUUCCUGAAUAUUGAAGCGAAAUGAGUCGGCGCUCACCUGGGAAAAAGGAAUCGCUGGACUCUUUGACAACCCGUGAAAUCAGUUUAACUCGAAGUUGUCGUAACCUCAGUGUUUUAAUAAAAUGAGAAAUUUCGCCGGUCUAUUGAAACCGGUCGUUUGUACAAUUUAGGGAGUUUAAGAUCCAACGACGCGGACGACAACUAGAACGUCAAAAAAAAACAAUAGGUUUAAUUAGCAAAACAACAACUUCGCACGUGCAACACACUUUUUUGUUCAUUUCUUUCCCGUUUUUGCACGACUACGACGUGAAAAUGCCUAAUUUCGCGUUUUAUGGAGGACGUAAAUAAGCAACGACGAAAUUUUAUUUCUCUUUCUGAGCUUGAAUAUGGUCCCUUGAAAUUCAGCUUUUGGAGGGUUCGCCUGCAAUUGAGUAAGUGGGUAGGAAUAAUCGCUAUAAAGACUGAAAAAAAUAAACAUCAAACCAGAAAUACACCAAUUCGGCUAACGCAAUGUUGUACCCAAUUCAGAUCUCUCGGGGUUAAGAUUCUUUGUGCACUGUAUUUGCAUUAUAAGGUGGCAUUCACAUUUAAAUGAUAUGGAAAUUCCUGAGACCAAAAAGUUUUAUUCCCAAAGGGUUUGAAUUGGGUACAACAUUGAGUUAGCCGAAUUGGUCUAUUGCUGUCUUCAAACUGUAAAUUAUAAAUGAUCCUGAGAGAAUAUUCAGUGUGUUAAGGAUUUCCCUACUCUACUCUUAGCUCUAUACAAGAGAGGAAGGGCGAUUCUUUUUUAAUUUCGGUUUCGCUGACACAGCUUUCUCAGAAAUCUCGCUGUAGUCGUUUUCGUCGACAAAAGGAAUAGCAAAAUCGCUCUCCGCGUCUUCCCCCAUUUUGUUCUGCGUCAUUUCGUGAAGGACGCGUGGCUCUCAGCGUGGGUCAUCCACGCGGAACACAUUCGCGCUAUGUGAUUGGCUGUUGUCUAAUCCCCCUUGAGAUCUGUGGUGUUAAAAAUAACUCGAGACGAAUUACCUAUGGAGUAGGGUGUAUAUGGGGGAUACCCUCUCUGUCCCCUUUAUAGUCUCUUGGGUAAAUUGAUUUCAUUUAAGUCCAUUUAAGGGCUCAUAUGGACUCAUGAACUGAAUAUAGUCUCAAAGCCGCUUUGGUGAGGCUCUUUUGGCAGAGAUGUUGUUGGCGAUGGC